AUGGGGGAGGGGCGGCCUCCAGGGCACCCGGGCCCACUGGUGGCCUUUGUCCCCCAGCCGUCCCGCCUGGUGUCUGGCUCUGGAGGUCCUGCGCUUCAGCUCCAGAAGUCCCAGUAUCUGCAGCUGGGCCCGAGCCGUGGCCAGUACUACGGCGGGUCACUGCCCAACGUGAACCAGAUCGGGAGUGGCACCAUGGACCUGCCCUUCCAGCCCAGCGGAUUUCUGGGGGAGGCCCUGGCAACAGCUCCUGUCUCUCUGACACCCUUCCAGUCCUCGGGCCUGGACACCAGCCGGACCACCCGGCACCAUGGGCUGGUAGACAGAGUAUACCGGGAGCGUGGCCGGCUUGGCUCCCCGCACCGCCGGCCCCUGUCGGUGGAUAAACACGGACGGCAGGCCGACAGCUGUCCCUACGGCACUGUGUACCUCUCGCCGCCCGCAGACACCAGCUGGAGGAGGACCAAUUCUGAUUCCGCCCUACACCAGAGCACAAUGACGCCCACACAGCCAGAAUCCUUUACCGGGGCGUCUCAGGACGCACACCAGAAAAGAGUCUUGCUGUUGACAGUCCCUGGGAUGGAAGAGACUGCCUCAGAGGCAGACGAAAGCCUUUCCAAGCAAGCGUGGGAUGCCAAGAAGGCGGGGUCCAGGCCCAAGUCCUGCGAGGUUCCUGGAAUCAACAUAUUCCCGUCUGCCGACCAGGAGAACACGACGGCCCUGAUCCCUGCUGCCCACAACACGGGGGGCUCCCUGCCCGACCUAACCAACAUCCACUUCCCCUCCCCACUGCCCACCCCACUGGACCCCGAGGAGCCCACCUUCCCUGCGCUCAGCAGCUCCAGCAGCACUGGCAACCUCGCGGCCAACCUGACGCACCUGGGCAUUGGCACCGGCCAGGGGAUGAGCACACCUGGCUCCUCUCCGCAGCACCGCCCAGCAGGCGUCAGCCCCCUGUCCUUGAGCACAGAAGCGAGGAGGCAGCAGGCAUCACCCACCCUGUCCCCGCUGUCACCCAUCACUCAGGCCGUGGCUAUGGACGCCCUGUCGCUGGAGCAGCAGCUGCCCUACGCCUUCUUCACCCAGGCGGGCUCCCAGCAGCCACCGCAGCCCCAGCCCCCGCCACCACCACCACCUGCGUCCCAGCAGCCACCGCCCCCACCGCCCCCACAGGCUCCCGUCCGCCUCCCCCCGGGUGGCCCCCUGUUGCCCAGCGCCAGCCUGACGCGGGGACCACAGCCACCCCCGCUUGCGGUCACGGUACCAUCCUCUCUCCCCCAGUCCCCCCAAGAGAACCCGAGCCAGCCGUCGAUGGGGAUCGACAUCGCCUCGGCGCCGGCUCUGCAGCAGUACCGCACUAGCGCCGGCUCCCCGGCCAACCAGUCUCCCACUUCGCCUGUCUCCAAUCAAGGCUUCUCCCCCGGGAGCUCCCCGCAACACUCCUCCACCCUGGGCAGCGUGUUUGGGGAUGCAUUCUAUGAGCAGCAGAUGGCGGCCAGGCAGGCCAAUGCUCUGUCCCACCAGCUGGAGCAGUUCAACAUGAUGGAGAAUGCCAUCAGCUCCAGCAGCCUGUACAGCCCUGGUUCCACGCUCAACUACUCGCAGGCAGCCAUGAUGGGGCUCACGGGCAGCCACGGGAGCCUGCCAGACACGCAGCAGCUGGGCUACGCCGGCCACAGCAGCAUCCCCAACAUCAUCCUCACAGUGACGGGAGAGUCCCCCCCCAGCCUCUCUAAAGAACUGACCAGCUCUCUGGCCGGGGUCGGCGACGUCAGCUUCGACUCCGACAGCCAGUUUCCGCUGGAUGAGCUCAAGAUCGACCCUCUGACCCUGGACGGACUGCACAUGCUCAACGACCCUGACAUGGUCCUGGCCGACCCGGCCACUGAGGACACCUUUCGGAUGGACCGUCUGUGAGUGGGCUCGCCGCGCCCGCUGCCGCCUAGCGGUCCCGACGGCGUCUCCCAGCCGGGAGGCCGCGCUCCGUCCCUCGCCAACGGCCGAGCUUGUGAUUUGAGCUUGCAAUGCCGCCAAGCGCCCCCGCCAGCCCGUCCCCCGGCCGUCCACCUCCGCGAGGCCGUGUGCCAGGCUGCCCGCCCUCCUGGGGCCAGGCUGGGCUUGGAGGCCGUGAGACCCCGCUCCCACAGACCCUCCCUGCGCUGGCUCCCGCGCCCCACCCUGGGGCCCAAGCGCCCCUCUGUACGAUGCAGGAAGCUCCAGCCCAGCACAGGGCAGGCUUGGGAGGCGCGUGGUCGCAGCGGCCGUGCUCCACGGCGCACUUUCCGACUGUUUGUCCAGCUCUCACUGCCUUUCUUGGUCCCCAUCGCCGCCCUACCUUCCCAGCCCCCAGCCCGUGGUCAGGUAGAGAGCGAGUUCACCAGCCCGGGAGAAGGCGCCGGCACAAGGGGCGGGCGCAAAGUGAAAUAAACACUAUUUUGACGGC